AUGCACUAUGGAAAGCACGCAUCUCGGAGCGCAGCCCUUGAAGAGUCCAGUUCAGAUGCGCCAGACAAACAAUGCAAAGUCAAGGCUGCCGACCUUGGCUUCGAUGUCCCUGAAUACAUUUUGCCUGAUAUUAUACCUAUUUCAGACUCAAGAUCAGACUAUCUGAACAUUCACCAUCAGCGGGAUCGAAGACUACGUCUGCUUCUUCGACGCUUCACCAACCAAAUCCAGUACGGUUGUAGGAACAGCAACUGCACGACACCCACAUGCUUGAGUUACAGGAAAAGAAACAGCACAGGGCCAUUAAGAAGAUAUACGGAUCUGAGUGCUAGAACGCUAGCAUGCCAGCUACUCGAAGACUUCUCGAGAGGCGGUAAAGAACCGCUCGCGGAACUUUGUCCUAAUGAACCUGUCGUGCCUUGGUAUGAGGAUCCCGCCGUGGCUAAGAGGAGGCGUACGAGCCUGGACAAGACAUCCUAUCUCCCAAAUGGCCACUCAACACCGUCGAAGAGUCAGCCUCAAGCGCAGCGCGUACGGAACACCUCGCCACGAUCGCAGAGCGCAACUCAGGAGCGAGGGAACUUAAAUCACGAUGGCGUCGUCCAAGCAGGCCGGGCAAUACGAGGCCUCGACAUCUCCAAGGAGCCUAGAGAACUUUCUGGUGAUGUUAUCGACGUGGUAAAUUCGGCCCUCUCUGGCCAGCAAAAUGCAGGAGAACGACGAGAAGAAUAUCCGACACACAAUAGCAUCAUUCCCGACACCCAUGCCGCAUAUCGCUCGCCUGAUCCAGUCAGGUCCAAGGAUAUCGCUUCAUUCACACAGACUCUAUUCGAUCUCCUGCCGUUGAGACUGCUUGACUGGUUUCCUUCGAAAAGUUUGCGUUCUCACGAUGACCUCACCGCAAACACGCACGUCUCCAAGGGUGAUCAAGAUGAACGAAUGCCUGGCGAAAUGACAAAAUCGGACGAUGAACAGCGAGGCUCUGAACACCCUGACAGCUCCAAGUCUCACUCUACGCCACUGCGACCCAGUGAUACGACUAGUCAAGAAGCACGUAAUGCGACCUCCCAAGACCAUGAAGCCGAAGGUUGUCGGAGACCGCAAUUAUACAGCCUUCGAACUCUCAACUGGCUCUCUCUGCCAUGGCUCCGGCACAUGGAGAUGGAGAAGGUGUCCAUCUACAAGAAAAGUCUGCUCCCAUUCUUUCGACAAAGCUGCUCAUAUUGUCUCAGCCACCCUCACCGACUGAUUCGCACCGUCGUAGACCUUCAAAAAUCCCACCCUAGGUCUUUCGGAUUAGAAGAUGGUGAUGCCCUAGAUAACUCUACCGACUCUCCUCCUGGUAACACACCUGACGAUGGGCCAAAAUUGGCAACACAGUUUAGAAGGGACCUUGACGGGAUACUAUCAAGUCUCGCACUGCUCGAUGCUUUCGAACAACGUGAAUUGGUUCUUGGUUGCAUCCUCACUGCCUUGCAACAUGCGUAUCGCUUACCACGUGGAGUGGCCGCGCCGAGAGUUGGCAGACGGAGCCUAUCCAUCACCGAAAGCGAUGAAAAAGCGUCAGCCAACAGCAGAGCGCAUUCUUUCGUACAGUCCGACUUUUCUUCAGAUGAAGGAAUGGACAUCAGCACCAUCUUCCAACAAAAGGACGAUUCGCUCCUCCCUCUGAGCGAUCAUCACGUUGUUGAAUUGUGCCUGGUAGGACUGCUGUCGAUUGCUUCACUCGCCUUUUCCGGAUACUAUGGGAGAUUCUGGGGCAGCAAAGCACCUUUCGACCGCCUCGCAACUAUACGUAACAGCGGUCUCGCCCAUUCACGGUGGCAGUCACUGGAUCCCAGGGACGACAAAGAAGAGACCCAACACUUUAUUAGUGUAAUGAUCUGGGCUCUCGAUGUAUUUGACGAUUGGUCGGUGCUUCGACUCCUCUAUGCAAUCACAGACAUCAUAAGUCAUCGGCUCCUCAUGGAGAAAUCUUCCGCAACGAUGCGAGAUCCAAUCCUAACCGGUCUCAAGAGGAAGAAGAAGAAGAACUUGGUCACUUUGCUAGUCCAGCGCUUCGAUAAAGACACCCUCAGAGGAUGGAACUCCUCGGAUCAGAGAUCGAGCUGGAUAGGCACCGUUGUUAUAGAGCUCUUGAGGACAGUGUUGCUGAAAGCUUGGGACCGGAAAGCUGUCGUCCAACGAAAUGGCUCAGUUGGUGGUACUUUGGAAUUGUUGGCUGGCUUAUUCCACGAAAGAAAACAACUGAAUUUGACCGCAGAGCUGUUCCAAAUGCCGUUCAUCGCCGAUGUAUUCGACGAAGCGGCGAUGCCUCGCGAAUGGUUAUCCUUUCGCGCAGACACGCGCAAGAUGCAUCUAUUGUCCUUCUCAUUCCUCUUUGAGCCUGCAACGUUGGUCAAAUACUUCAGAGCCAUCAACCUUGACAUCAUGAAAAAGUCGUACGAAAGUGCCACACUAGUUUACGGUGAUGCAAGACAGUAUUUGUGGGCUCCGAAGAUCCCAGUCUACGGCCACAAGGAAAUUCUUGCUCAGUUACGGCCACAUAUGGCUCGUUAUUUUGUUCUCACUGUGCGAAGAGACAAUCUGUUGAACGAUGCAAUCGAUCAGAUAUGGCGUCGGCAACGGAUGGAGAUAAUGCGUCCUUUACGUGUCCGUGUGGGUAAAGACGAGGGCGAAGAUGGCGUCGAUUACGGUGGCGUGCAGCAAGAAUUCUUUCGUCUUGUCUUUGCAGAGGCGUUUGACCCAGACUACGGUAUGUUCACUGUCGACAGUUCGACACGAACAGCAUGGUUUCAGCCUGGGUCAUUUGAACCUCUCUACCGCUUCGAGGCCCUCGGGAUCUUGAUGUCACUAGCCAUCUACAAUGGUAUUACGCUGCCAGUGACAUUUCCGGUGGCACUCUAUCGCAAGCUUCUGAGUCUGAAGGUGAAAAAGCUCGAUCACAUUGCCGAUGGUUGGCCGGAAUUGGCCAGAGGGCUCAAGACUCUACUCGAAUGGUCGGAUGGUGAUGUCGGAGACGUGAUCGCCAGGACAUACGAGUUCAGUUACGAACUUUGCGGCAGCACUGUAACGGUUGAUAUGCUCAAAAUCGGCCGUGAGGAUCCGUGGCCACAAUUGACGUUACGACCUAACAGAAAGGGCAAGGAGAAAGCAAAGUCGACUUCCUUUGAACUUCCGCUCGAACCGUCAUUGACACCACCAAGCCUACCUUCUCCAGAUUUACGACCAGCGAUCACACCGAUACACGGGAAGUCGUCCAUUAAUAUCAAAGGUAUUUCGACCCCUCAGAGCAUCAACAGCGAUCUAUUAGAAGAAGCUGCCCUCGUCACCAACGCGAAUCGUGAACAGUACGUCAAGGACUACAUUUUAUGGCUCACUCAUAAAUCUGUCCAACUUCAAUACGAGGCCUUUGCAAAGGGGUUCUACACUUGCCUCGAUCGCACAGCACUCUCGAUAUUCACGCCCGAAGCUCUCAAGACGGUGGUGGAAGGUCACCCAGAGAUCGACAUCAACGAGCUCGAACACACCGUCACGUAUGAAGGAUACGACCGAGAUUCUGAAUACAUUCAAGACUUUUGGCGUGUCGUGCGAGAUUUCAGUCCCGAGCAACACAAACAACUGCUCGAAUUCGUCACUGCCAGCGAUCGUGUGCCUGUGAAUGGGCUGGGAAGCGUACAAUUUGUGAUCCAGCGCAAUGGAGAUGAUGAGGACAGCAGACUGCCCAGCAGCAGCACCUGUUAUGGACGGCUCUUGUUGCCUAUGUACAGCUCCAGGGAAAUCUUGAGGGAUAAGUUGAGCAAGGCAAUAGAGAACAGCGUAGGGUUUGGGACGCUGUAG